AACAUCCUUAAGGCAUCAAAGCACCCGUGCUCCUUGCUUUCACAUCAUAUCCAUUAUUCCCCCAUCAUCCAUCUUUCUCAUUCCCCAUUCCUCCACUCCCCCUGCCGCCCUUGCUUCCUUACUUCCUUCCUCCUUUCCCCUUACUCAUUUGGCACUUUCUACGAAGCUUCCAUAACUUUAUCCUGAUAAGUCAUUUGGUUUCGGAUCGCCUUCUUAUCAACUUUCCGUAUCCUGAACGUGCCCGCGCAGCCCCAUCAUUGAUAAGCAGUCCGAUCUACGGAUAGCUGUCGUCGCAACCCAUAGCACAGUUUCCCCUUACGAUCGCCCCUACAGUCAGCCGUCUCAAACUCUCCGAGUUCUGACUGGAAAUUCCGAUCCUAUCGCAAAGAGAGUCUCGGCCAGCCAACCGAACUAUCGACUUCCGGUAUGCGAUUGACCCGCCUUGCGACAGCCGUCUCAAUAAUACCGAUGAUGCUAACUAAUUCUCAGUGCGCCAAUCUGCACGGUCGGGCUCUAUUUCAUCGCUGUCUCCCAGCAUCGCUUCUCCAUCCAACAGACCAUGUCACAAGACAGCGAGGCCCGGCUUUCGCAGACGUCUCUAGCUCCUCCGGCAGAGAUCUCUGCCCCUGCCACCCCUGUUCCCCGUUCAAACCUUUCUGCUUCUCCGGAGCUGAACGUAAGGGCAGAGAGCCUUGCUUCACACUCUGAACAAAGUAAAUUCCUUUCUCCGCCAGCGCUGUCUUCAUCGGACAUGACCCCGCCACCAUCCUCCCAAGUUCCCCCCGCCCCGUCUCGAGGGACAAGGUCGCGAUCUGGCUCGUAUCUUGCAUCUCCACCCGAUAUCGAGAAGACCCUCUGCGUCGCCUACGGGGCUUCCGAAAACCUUCCAACUGCCGAGGAGAUCGGUGCUGCGGACGAACCAAGGCUCCGUACAAUUGCUAAAGAAUUGCUGGGUGUGGCUCAAGAGGCCCGGAUGUCAGCACUGCAUUUCAAGCUGCAGAAUAGUCUCUUGUCUUUCACGAGCAAUGAAGCCAUAAAGCGGGCCGAGGUUGAACAUCAGUUAGCCCGAAGAGAGGUCGAGAUCCUCCAGAGCUCGGAGUAUCGCAGUCGUCAUUCUGAAAACAAACCUCCUCAACCAGUUACCAACGUGGAAUUGGAACUUGCGCUCAAACGUAACCAAGAUCUCGAAAGAGCCAAUGCUACCUUGGACCGAAGACUUCGGCGGUCGAAGAAACUUAUCGAACAGGAAAGAGAAAGGUCGGACCAGUUGAGCGAAGAGAACUGUUUGUUGAAGAAGCGCAUCAGAGACAACCGUGAACACUUCUCGUUGAUGAUUGAGAAUGGAUCGUUGUCACCAAGCCCGCAAACAGAAAGCCAGACUCCUCACAGAAGGCCCUUGCCCCUUUUCACGGAUGACGGCCGAGGGGAAAGCAGCAAUCCAUUCGCAGCUCUUCUAGCCGCAGAUCGGGUUCUCAAUCGAGAAUCUUCCAAUAUCACCUCUACCCCUAACCGGACUCGUGUCUCGAAACACGAUGCAAGUGGGCAUGUUCGUGGAUCGCAUUCGCUGUCGUCUCUCCCCAUGACACCCGCUCGGUCUCGAAACAACCGCCACGAAAACCAAUACCACACUCCGGGCAAGGAGUCAUCCGAGGCAAACCGGGACAGGGAUAGCACGAUCUCCGCAUCCGAUAUUGAGGAAGCUGAAACCGAAGAGGAUAUUCCCCUUUCUCAGGCUGGUAGUUUGGGGUCCCAUACGUUUCAUCGCAAUAAUAUCCCGAUAAAUCGCGGGGAUGUUCGAAGCGUGGGGAAUGCACCUAAAUCCAGCACUCUCCUUCAGACGAAAUUGUUUGGUCAGGUCAAGAAAGCCGGCAUUGAGCGUGCGCCGGGCAAUCUUAAGCGUAAAUCAAGUUUUGACGGUGCGGUGUUACAGAAGAAAUCGAAAGCUGAGGAAAGAGUGGGUCUCGGUAUUGGCACUUGGAACAGUAACGAGACGGCCUAGUGCAUACCAAGUUCUUGAGCCUGUUCUGCCGUCAUGGCGCUGGAGACCUGGGGUUUCGAGAUUGGAUCAUUCACGUUCAGUUUCUUCUUGGGCUUGCGCCUAUGCUUUGUAUACCUGGCCUCGUUUUUUGUUUUCAGCAAUCAGUUACGAAUGAUGACCCGUGAAGAUGAUGGACGAAAUGGUGUUUGGGCGUUUUCUCCAUGAUUGAUGAUUUUUCUUUUUGUUCUUAUUUUGAAAUGGAAUCUUCCGAUGAUAUAAGGGUUCAAUGAUUGUGCUCGUUCUUCGAAAUUAGGAGCCCAUGAUCAAGGAGACUGAUUGCUUACGAGAGGUAGGGCAAUGCUGACUCGUGCAAGAAAGAACAUGAAGAAAAAGAAACAGAAAAAGGUGGCAGGGAACCCCUUGAACCGGGACGGGAAACCGAUUGUAGACAGCAGGUCUAGAAACAAGAACGAUGGAGCCGUGAGCU